AUGGCGACUCCUGCAUGGAGUCAUGCCAGGGGUCAAUGGGUAGUAGCCAUGUUGGCUUUACUCGUUGGCUCGGCAAUAGCUACCGAACCUUACUAUUAUAGCUCUCCUCCACCACCUUAUGAGUAUAAAUCUCCACCGCCUCCGGUUAAGUCUCCUCCACCUCCUUAUGAAUACAAAUCUCCUCCCCCUCCGGUGAAAUCCCCUCCUCCUCCUUAUGUAUACCAUUCUCCUCCACCUCCCGUUAAGUCUCCUCCACCACCUUAUUACUACCACUCUCCACCACCACCCGUGAAGUCUCCUCCCCCUCCUUAUGUAUACAACUCUCCUCCUCCACCAGUGAAGUCUCCUCCACCACCGUAUUACUAUCACUCUCCUCCUCCACCAGUGAAGUCUCCACCACCACCGUAUUAUUACCACUCUCCACCACCUCCGGUGAAAUCUCCUCCUCCUCCUUACUAUUAUCAUUCUCCACCUCCUCCAGUGAAAUCUCCUCCACCACCAUACUACUAUCACUCACCACCUCCUCCAGUGAAGUCUCCUCCACCACCAUAUUAUUACCAUUCUCCACCACCACCGGUUAAAUCUCCACCACCACCUUACUACUAUCAUUCACCACCUCCUCCGGUGAAGUCUCCUCCACCACCAUACUACUAUCACUCUCCUCCUCCUCCGGUCAAAUCUCCACCUCCACCUUACUACUACCAUUCUCCUCCUCCUCCGGUCAAGUCCCCUCCACCACCAUACUACUACCACUCCCCUCCUCCCCCGGUGAAGUCUCCACCACCACCAUACUACUACCACUCUCCUCCUCCCCCGGUGAAGUCUCCACCACCACCGUACUACUACCACUCUCCUCCUCCUCCAGUCAAGUCUCCACCACCACCGUACUACUACCACUCUCCUCCUCCUCCGGUCAAAUCCCCACCACCACCGUACUACUACCACUCUCCUCCUCCUCCGGUCAAAUCUCCACCACCACCUUACUACUACCACUCACCACCUCCUCCAGUGAAAUCACCACCCCCACCUUACUAUUACUCAUCCCCACCACCACCGGUUAAGUCUCCUCCACCUCCAUACUACUACCACUCACCACCUCCACCAGUGAAAUCACCACCCCCACCUUACUAUUACUCAUCCCCACCACCACCAAAGUCUUACCCUCCACCAUACUACUACUCAUCUCCACCACCACCACCAAAGUCGUACUCGCCACCGUACUACUACUCAUCGCCACCACCUCCGGUGUCAUACCCUCAUCCUCACCCACAGCCACAUCCACUUGUCUUCAAAGUUGUUGGUAAAGUGUAUUGUUACAGAUGUUACGACUGGACUUACCCCAAAAAGUCCCACGAUAAGAAGCAUCUCAAAGGUGCUGUUGUGGAAGUGACUUGUAAGGCCGGUGACAAGACAGUGAAGGCAUAUGGAAAGACCAAAAUCAACGGUAAAUACGCAAUCACCGUUAAGGGAUACAACUACCUUAAAUACGGGGGGGAAGUCUGCACGGCCAAGCUCCACGCGCCGCCUAAGGGAUCACCGUGUAACAUUCCUACAAGUUACCAUUUGGGUAACAAAGGUGCUAAACUCCAUGUGAAAUCAAAGACAAAGUACGAGGUUGUGCUUUAUGCUAAGUCCUUUGCUUAUGCACCUAAGAAACCUUACGGAGAAUGCCACAAGCCGGCUCCUUACCAUCCUCCUUACUACUACAAGUCUCCACCACCACCUUCUCCGGUUUACUACUACAAGUCUCCUCCACCACCAACCCCAACAUACGUAUACAAAUCGCCUCCUCCUCCAACCCCAACAUAUGUCUACAAAUCGCCUCCUCCUCCAACCCCAACAUACGUAUACAAAUCGCCUCCUCCUCCAACCCCAACAUAUGUCUACAAGUCACCACCACCGCCUACUCCAACGUAUGUUUAUAAGUCUCCACCUCCACCGACCCCUACUUAUGUCUACAAGUCGCCUCCACCACCAACUCCAACCUAUGUUUACAAAUCACCGCCUCCUCCUACUCCAACAUAUGUUUAUAAGUCUCCACCUCCACCGACCCCUACGUAUGUCUACAAAUCGCCUCCUCCUCCAACCCCAACAUACGUAUACAAAUCGCCUCCUCCUCCAACCCCAACAUAUGUCUACAAGUCACCACCACCGCCUACUCCAACGUAUGUUUAUAAGUCUCCACCUCCACCGACCCCUACUUAUGUCUACAAGUCGCCUCCACCACCAACUCCUACCUAUGUUUACAAAUCACCGCCUCCUCCUACUCCGGCCUACGUCUACAAAUCGCCUCCCCCGCCAACACACACUCCUACACCAUACUACUACCAUUCUCCACCACCACCAGUUAAAUCUCCUCCACCUCCAUAUUAUUACCAUUCACCACCCCCUCCGGUGAAAUCUCCUCCUCCUCCUUACUACUACCACUCCCCACCUCCUCCAGUGAAGUCUCCUCCUCCUCCUUACUACUACCACUCCCCACCUCCUCCGGUGAAGUCUCCUCCUCCUCCAUACUACUACCACUCUCCACCUCCUCCAGUGAAGUCUCCUCCUCCUCCUUACUACUACCACUCACCACCUCCACCCGUCAAAUCUCCUCCUCCACCAUACUACUACAAGUCCCCACCUCCUCCAGUGAAGUCUCCUCCUCCACCUUACUACUACCACUCACCACCCCCACCGGUCAAAUCUCCUCCACCACCUUACUACUACCACUCACCACCCCCACCGGUCAAAUCUCCUCCACCACCUUACUACUACCACUCACCACCCCCACCAGUCAAAUCUCCUCCACCACCCUAUUACUACCACUCACCACCUCCACCGGUGAAAUCGCCACCACCCCCAUACUAUUACCAUUCACCACCCCCACCGGUCAAAUCUCCUCCACCACCAUACUAUUACCAUUCACCACCUCCUCCAGUCAAAUCUCCUCCUCCGCCAUAUUACUACCAUUCACCACCUCCUCCGGUGAAGUCUCCACCACCACCAUACCAUUACACCUCUCCUCCUCCUCCAGUAAAAUCUCCACCACCACCAUACCAUUACACCUCUCCUCCUCCUCCGGUGAAGUCUCCACCACCACCAUACCAUUACACCUCUCCACCUCCUCCGGUGAAGUCUCCACCACCACCAUACCAUUACACCUCUCCUCCUCCUCCGGUAAAAUCUCCACCACCACCAUACCAUUACACCUCUCCUCCUCCUCCGGUGAAGUCUCCACCACCACCAUACCAUUACACCUCUCCUCCUCCUCCGGUAAAAUCUCCACCACCACCAUACCAUUACACCUCUCCUCCUCCUCCUGUGAAGUCUCCACCACCACCAUACCAUUACAACUCUCCACCACCACCAGUAAAAUCUCCUCCACCUCCAGUGUACAUCUACGCCUCUCCUCCACCUCCCACCCAUUACUAAGCUCAUCAAAUUCAACCAAAUUUCCCCAUUAUUCAAGUUUUCUUUUUAAAAAUGAAAUAAAGGAAGGGUCAAAGUCAAAGAGAAGAAGUGAAUCAAAUAAGGAUCGUCCCGUGGAAACAAGAAACAAUACAUCUAUAACAACGGUCCACAUCGCUUCCUCUUCGUCAAUGUCGCUCAUCUUCCACUUGUGCAUCAUCAUCUUUGCGUCUUCAUCAAGUCAAACGGUUUCCAAGACCCCUUUAGAUCGUAUCAGUCUCUUUUCGUUCCCUUUUGUUGUUAAGUGAAAGAAAUGGGUUUCGUUAUUUAUUGGUUGUGUGCAUACAUUCUAUAUAUAUAUAUAUGUAUUUUUCUUUAAUGUAAUGAGAGUUGUUAGCAAAUAAAAAAACGUUCAGUUUCUUCUUUCUUAAGAUAGUUCGAUUCAGUUA